AUGUCAUUCGAACUGAAAGAGAGGGGCAAUCAGCUCUUCAAGGAGGGAGACUACAAUGGCGCUGAGGAAUUCUACUCCCAAGCUAUCCUCAAAAACCCUCGUGAACCCACCUUCUUUACCAAUCGCGCCCUCACCCGAAUGCGCCUCGAGCAAUGGGCCGGCGUCGAGCACGAUGCCCGCACCGCCAUCGACCUCUACGGCCCCAAGUCUCCGAAUAGUCUCAAGAGCCGGUACUAUCUUGCACAGGCGCUGCUGGGCCUCCAGCGGCCACAGGAAGCGUACGAGGUCGCCAUUGACGCAUACCGGGCUAGUUUAGCGGCCAAGAGCGUGCAGUCGGAGAAUCUCUCGAAGACUGUGCUGCGAGCCAAGCAGCAGAUCUGGGCUGCGAAGGAAACCGCAAGAUUGCGCGAGAUGAGCGAGACCCUACGCACGGUGGAGCUGCUGAUCGAGGCGGACCUGGACCGUGCUCUCGCCGAUCUACAGGCUCAGUUGGAUCGAGGCGAAAUCGGACAGACUGGGUUUGUGGAGGACCAGAAGGCACUUCGCGAGGAUGCAGAGAAGCAUACGCAAAACGUCCGGGACGCGUUCCGUCUCUCAUCGCAGGGGGAGAUCCAGGAGCGGGUUGUACCCGAUUACCUUGUUGAUGGGAUUACCUUUGAGAUCAUGCAUGACCCUGUUAUGACCCCCUCGGGCACCAGUUUCGACCGCAUCGGGAUUACCAAGUACGUUGAGCAAGCGGCUGUAGACCCUAUCACUCGAACACCAAUGACAGUAUCCGAUCUCCGGUCGAACUAUGCACUUAAAUCCGCGUGUGAAGAGUUCCUUACCAAGAACGGCUGGGCUGUGGACUGGUAA